GCCUGGGCAGCGGCCGGGCUCUGUGGCUUCAGGGCUCGGAGAGAGAGAGAGAGGGAGGGUGGCAAAGAUAGUGAGUCGGUGCCGCCGCCUGUUUAAGGAGAGAGGAGGGGUCCCGCUUGCCUGCGCCCUUCGCGGGCCGAGAGCGCGAGGCACCCGCGAACCUCUGAGGCCUCCCGGCCCCUGGGGACCCCGCCCCGCCGCCGGCCGGCCGGCCCGCGGCCUCUCUUCCCUUUGUGAGCGCCCCCUUCCCAGGGGUGGUGGUGGUAGCGGAGGGCUGUGCGUGGGCCCGCCCGCCGAGGGGCCGUGGCGGGGGACGAGAGGGCCUCGGCUGUGUGAGGACGGACGGCGGCCGAGGCCCGGGCCGGUUCCCCCGAGGCGGCGGCCGCGGCGGCUCCCAGCACUUCCCCGCGCCAUCUUAGCUGAGCCCAAGCGCUGAGGGCGCCUCUUCGACCCCGGUCGUCCCCUCGCCCCCUCCCCCCCCCCCGCCCCUUGUCGCAGAGCUUGGGCUGGGCGGCUUGCUGGGGCUCCGGGGGGGGGGGAGCGGCGGUCGGUCGCCAGGCCCCCUCCUCCUCACUCCUCGCCCUCCAGCGUAGCGGCUACCCGAGCGCUGCAGGGGGCUGUGCCUGCCUACUCCGCCCCAGACCUGUCGGCGAAAGGUAGUUUAUGCCAGUGUGGCUUCAUUCAUACAGAUGAACCAAGGAUUGGGAUAGCAGUAUAAAAUUAGAAUCAGAGAACUGAUUGCCCAGCAGGAUGCCAUCAACUAACCGAGCGGGCAGCCUGAAGGACCCUGAAAUUGCAGAGCUCUUCUUCAAAGAAGAUCCAGAGAAGCUCUUCACAGAUCUCAGAGAAAUUGGCCAUGGAAGCUUUGGAGCAGUGUAUUUUGCACGAGAUGUGCGCACCAAUGAAGUGGUGGCUAUCAAGAAAAUGUCUUAUAGUGGAAAGCAGUCUACUGAGAAAUGGCAGGAUAUUAUUAAGGAAGUCAAGUUUCUACAAAGAAUAAAGCAUCCCAACAGUAUAGAAUACAAAGGCUGCUAUUUACGUGAGCACACGGCAUGGCUGGUAAUGGAAUAUUGUUUAGGAUCUGCUUCAGAUUUACUGGAAGUUCACAAAAAGCCAUUACAAGAAGUGGAAAUAGCAGCAAUUACACAUGGUGCUCUCCAGGGAUUAGCCUACUUACAUUCUCAUACCAUGAUCCAUAGAGAUAUCAAAGCAGGAAAUAUCCUUCUGACAGAACCAGGCCAGGUGAAACUUGCUGACUUUGGAUCAGCUUCCAUGGCAUCUCCUGCCAAUUCUUUUGUGGGAACGCCAUAUUGGAUGGCCCCGGAAGUAAUUUUAGCCAUGGAUGAAGGACAGUAUGAUGGCAAAGUAGAUGUAUGGUCUCUUGGGAUAACAUGUAUUGAACUAGCGGAAAGGAAGCCUCCUUUAUUUAAUAUGAAUGCAAUGAGUGCCUUAUAUCACAUAGCCCAAAAUGAAUCCCCUACACUACAGUCUAAUGAAUGGUCUGAUUAUUUUCGCAACUUUGUAGAUUCUUGCCUCCAGAAAAUCCCUCAAGAUCGCCCUACAUCAGAGGAACUUUUAAAGCACAUGUUUGUUCUUCGCGAGCGCCCUGAAACAGUGUUAAUAGAUCUCAUUCAAAGGACAAAGGAUGCAGUGAGAGAGCUGGACAAUCUACAGUAUCGAAAGAUGAAGAAACUCCUUUUCCAGGAGGCACAUAAUGGACCAGCAGUAGAAGCACAGGAAGAAGAAGAGGAACAAGAUCAUGGUGUUGGCCGAACAGGAACAGUGAAUAGUGUUGGAAGUAAUCAGUCUAUUCCCAGUAUGUCCAUCAGUGCCAGUAGCCAAAGUAGUAGUGUUAACAGUCUUCCAGAUGCCUCAGAUGACAAGAGUGAGCUAGAUAUGAUGGAGGGAGACCACACAGUGAUGUCUAAUAGUUCUGUUAUCCAUUUAAAACCUGAGGAAGAAAAUUACAGAGAAGAGGGAGAUCCUAGAACAAGAGCAUCGGAUCCACAGUCUCCACCACAAGUGUCUCGUCAUAAAUCACACUAUCGUAAUCGAGAACACUUUGCUACUAUACGGACGGCAUCACUGGUUACAAGGCAAAUGCAAGAACAUGAGCAGGACUCUGAGCUUAGAGAACAGAUGUCUGGCUAUAAGAGAAUGAGGCGGCAACAUCAAAAGCAAUUGAUGACUCUGGAAAAUAAGCUAAAGGCUGAGAUGGAUGAACAUCGCCUCAGAUUAGACAAAGAUCUUGAAACUCAGCGUAACAAUUUUGCUGCAGAAAUGGAGAAACUUAUCAAGAAACAUCAGGCUGCUAUGGAAAAAGAGGCUAAAGUGAUGGCCAAUGAGGAGAAAAAAUUUCAGCAACAUAUUCAGGCACAACAAAAGAAAGAACUAAACAGUUUUUUGGAGUCCCAGAAAAGAGAAUAUAAACUUCGAAAAGAACAGCUUAAGGAGGAACUGAAUGAAAACCAGAGCACCCCCAAAAAAGAAAAACAAGAGUGGCUUUCAAAGCAGAAGGAGAAUAUACAGCAUUUCCAAGCAGAGGAAGAGGCUAAUCUUCUUCGACGACAAAGGCAAUACCUAGAGCUAGAAUGCCGUCGCUUCAAGAGAAGAAUGUUACUUGGACGCCAUAACUUGGAGCAAGACCUUGUCAGGGAGGAGUUAAAUAAAAGGCAGACUCAAAAGGACUUAGAACAUGCCAUGCUACUGCGACAGCAUGAAUCCAUGCAAGAACUGGAGUUCCGUCACCUCAAUACAAUUCAGAAGAUGCGCUGUGAGUUGAUCAGAUUACAGCAUCAAACUGAGCUGACAAACCAGCUGGAAUAUAACAAGCGAAGAGAACGAGAACUAAGGCGAAAGCAUGUCAUGGAGGUUCGACAACAGCCUAAGAGUCUGAAGUCUAAAGAACUCCAAAUAAAAAAGCAGUUUCAGGACACCUGCAAAAUUCAAACCAGACAGUAUAAAGCAUUAAGAAAUCACCUAUUGGAGACGACACCAAAGAGUGAGCACAAGGCUGUUCUGAAACGACUCAAGGAGGAGCAGACCCGGAAGUUAGCCAUCUUGGCUGAGCAGUAUGACCACAGCAUUAAUGAAAUGCUCUCCACACAAGCUCUACGUUUGGAUGAAGCACAGGAAGCAGAGUGCCAGGUUUUGAAGAUGCAGCUGCAGCAGGAACUGGAGCUGUUGAAUGCAUAUCAGAGCAAAAUCAAGAUGCAAGCCGAGGCACAACAUGAUCGAGAGCUUCGAGAACUUGAACAGAGGGUCUCUCUCCGCAGGGCACUCUUAGAACAAAAGAUUGAAGAAGAGAUGUUGGCUUUGCAGAAUGAACGCACAGAACGAAUACGAAGCCUGCUGGAGCGUCAAGCCAGAGAAAUUGAAGCUUUUGACUCUGAAAGCAUGAGACUAGGUUUUAGUAACAUGGUCCUUUCCAAUCUCUCCCCUGAGGCAUUUAGCCACAGCUACCCGGGAGCUUCUGGUUGGUCUCACAAUCCUACUGGAGGUCCAGGACCUCACUGGGGUCAUCCCAUGGGUGGCCCACCACAAGCUUGGGGCCAUCCAAUGCAAGGUGGACCCCAGCCAUGGGGUCACCCUUCAGGGCCAAUGCAGGGGGUACCCCGAGGUAGCAGUAUGGGAGUCCGCAAUAGCCCUCAGGCUCUGAGGCGGACAGCUUCUGGGGGACGGACAGAGCAGGGCAUGAGCAGAAGCACGAGUGUCACUUCACAAAUAUCCAAUGGGUCACACAUGUCUUAUACAUAACUUAAUAAUUGAGAGUGGCAAUUCCGCUGGAGCUGUCUGCCAAAAGAAACUGCCUACAGACAUCAUCACAGAAGCCUCCUCACUUGGGUACUACAGUGUGGGAGCUGAGUGCAUAUGGUAUAUUUCAUUCAUUUUUGUAAAGCAUUCUGGUUUGUGUUUACUAAUUGAGAUGUUAUAGUAUUUGGCUGCCGGGUUUUUUUUUGUUUUUUAACUUUUGGAAAAAUUUUGAAAAGGAAUUAAUGUGUGUAUGUAAAAAGAAAUCCGCUAGAUUGGGGGUAUUUUCUGAACACUGCAAAAAUGGAAUGUAGCAUGGUCGCUUGAGUCAUCACUUUGGGGCAACCAUAUCCUAAGAAAUUUGUGACAGGAUCUGAAGUGUUUCUCCAUACCCCAAAUUCUUAGGAGCCACUCACAGCAGGCAGCAUGUGCUGAAACAAGUGAUUGUGGAAACACACCUGUAUCCCCCUCACCCCUGUAUUUUCUUUAUUAAAUUGGUCUGACUUCUCAGCCUCAUUUGGAGUAAAAAAGUGGAAAUCCAUGAACACUAAAGGGUUGCAUUGACUUUUUCAGAGAGUAGAAAAAACUUAGUUCUUUUUCUGAGUGGCUGCAUAGGUUUGUCAGUUUUUGUUUUUGUUUUCGUUUUGUCCGUUCAAUUGUGCCUUCUUUGUGGCAUGGUGAGAUGGAGGUGCUUCAGGAGAUAAUGAGUUGUGUGGGAAUUGCAUCAACAGACCUAUGAGCCUUCAAAGGGGAGGCCAGAGGGUGAGAGAGGCCCCUGAAAGUUCAUGUGGUGGGUAAGUUCAGCAGCAGAGUGAGGAGAUGAAGCCUAUAUAUCCUAACGUUUUGUUGCUUAAACUGUGAUAUCUCAUCCUAGCUAAGCUCUGUAACUCCCAAAACCCCAAACAGUACUUUUACUUUGUACAAAAACAAAGACAUAUAGCCAAUACAUGUCAAAUGCCAGAGGCAUUUGAAUUAUGCCAUGUUUGCAAACUGCCAUCCAUUGAAAUUCUCAUCACACUACAAAGACAUAAUUUGAUUACCAUCCCCACCCCCACCCCGGUUGGCUUGUGAGAUUUCCUGUUUACAAGUAGAAUAGCCAAUUAUUUAAAUGUGUAGUUGCCAUAGUGAACCAGGAGUCACUGAGCCAAUGACUUUACCAGCUGCUGACUAAUCCUCAUCACCACUGUAGAUUUUGCUGCAUGUGCAGGUCCUUUUUUUUUUUUCCUGGCUGUUUUUGUUGCUGCAAUACUUUACAAACUUCUAGUUCCUUGAGACUUAGUGACUGUUUGGCAUCAUGUUAACAUCACACAAUAGGAAACACCACUUCCAGAAGUCUCUAGCCUCAGUGCUAAAGUACUACUGAAAAGGAACUAGCAAGUUUGACAAAUUAAAAUUAAAAAAAAAAAAAAAAGUAAAAUAAGUUAUAGUGGUCAGGGAAUCUCUUUAACGAAAGCUAACUUUUUUUCCAGAGGGGCAUAUUUUGUUUGGUUUUGUGUUGUUUUGCAAUGAAGGAUCAACCCAAUGCUAAAAGUCAGAUGUUACUUGGUAUUCCACAGCCAGUGUGGAAAUUGAAUUGAAGGUAGGUAAGAAGCUAUGAGUAUGACUUGAAGGAAAAACAUGUCCUGUCCAGUAACAGAUCAGAGUUUCUUACAAAUUAUUGCCUGCCACCCACCUUGUCUUGAAGAACCCUUGCUGCUAACUCUGGGUCCUGCUUUUUAUGUGGUCAGAGGGCUCCAAGUUAGAAUUUUCUAAAUCCUUCUCAAUGAUACUCUUCACCUAGACCUGACUAAUGACCAAACAGUAAUCUAUCACUGUCGAAAUCUUUGUCUCAACCAAAUGUAAGUCUUCUCUAGGUAUGUCAGCCUAAUCUCCAUGAAUCCUCCCCUUUAGGAGUUUUGGCAUUCAUUUAAAGGUUAACUGGAGAAAAAAUUAAUAAUUAAAUGUAAAUCUUUUUAAAACCAAGAUAAAAGUAUAAUUCACACUCAGUUUUAGUGUUCAGGUAGUGUUCAGGUAGCACUCUAAUACAAUGUACUUUUCACUGUGCUUAAGAUCACCAGUUUUUAGGUGAACAUAACAUGCACUUCUAAUGAAAGGGGCUUUUAAUUUUCUCAAUAUCUUUUUUGCAUUAAAAUACACAGUAUUUCAAACAUUGAAAAAUGUACCUGUUUGGAGGAAAAUGAUAGGAAAGGUCUUUAGAAUUAAGUGUCCAAAAAUGUUAUGGAAUUUGAUACCUUUUUAAAAAACUAUUAUUCAGUUUGGCCCAUCUGUACUACUGGAGGGGUGGAAUAGGGAUGCAGAUGAGUUUCACAUGCAAAACACUUUAAAAUCCAAAAUACUACCAGUGAUACAUGUUAAAGUCUACUUGUAGACUUAAAUUAGUCGAGUUACUCAGUUCAUAUACUUGUAAAAUUGUGAUUGAAUACUGACUCCAAAUGUCUAUCCAGUAGGGCUUUGUAUCUGAUUUAAUUGUGUGGCAACCAGUUUUACUUGUAGGUCAUGACUAUACCUGGAUUAUUCAAUUAAGUUAAUUUUAAUUAAAAUAUUUAUAGUUUGCAGAAAUAAUUCCAAUUAAUUGGUUUGUGUGUGUUUGUAAGAUGUAACUUCUGAAGAAUCUCAUACAUGGUAGGAAUCAUCAAAGAGUAAUGCUUGUAGCAGAAAAAUUUGAAAGGUUUUGAAAGAUUCUAAAAAAGCAGGCACUUUCUGAAUCAGUGUACAAAUGUCAGCAUUUGAUCAGAUUAAUACUACCUCCUCCCCACUGUUGGUAUUCACUUGGUAUAUAUGUAUUUAAGAAAAAAGUAUGGGAAACUUGUCCAGCAUAUCAGAAAGGGUUCCCUUCCUUUUGCACAUACCUUUUAUCUUCUUAUUAACAUCAUUCUAAUCCUAGAUUAUAGUAUCUGAAAGUAUUUUCAUCAAUAUAGAUAAUGUUAGCUGUAAAAUGUGUUUAUAUUAUUUUUAUUUAGAGCUGCCAUUCCUUUUAGUCAUUUCUGUGCCUAGAGAUGAAUAGCCCUGCAUUUGAACCACCCCACAUGUAUAAUAUCCUUGGUACCCAGGGCCAAGAAUUUAUUGGUGAGUUGAUCUUUUUAGCAUAGUCAUGAUUUUCAGCUGCCUAGACAUCAGGUAAAGACCAUUCAGUACACUAAAAUGUCCUUGACACUCCCUCCUAUUUUCCUCACCCCCUAUCCAAAAAUUGAAAACUCUAGGAGUAUCUUUUUUCAGACCAUAAGGCAGACUUUAGUAACUUUCGACUUCUUUAAGUACUAAAUGUCUGGCAUUUUAAACUUUUAUAGAAUACAUUAUGUUGGACACUGGAAUAAUACUGUUUAUUUUCACCUGUGAAAAAUAUUGUACUUGAAACACCUCCUUUACAUUUCUCCAUGUGUGCCAUUCACUAGUGGAAAUAAAUUGUAUUAUACCAUGAUCUACUGGCUUUUUAAAACUGUGUUAAAUAUGCACAUUUUGGUAUAGCUAUUAUCAUUUGUAUGUAUAUAUUGUAUAUACAUAUGAGUGUCUAUAUGUGUGUAUAGAUAGGUGGAUGUAACUCAUACUGUAUAUUUCCAUCAGGGCGCUUAAGGUUCUGUUAUUGUGUUUGUUAUUUCAGUCCUCAGUUAAGGCAAGAAUGCAUGUGUUUCUUCAGAAUGAGUUGCUGGGUUAAUAUGAGAAGGUGGUCAUUAGAUGCAAUCUUUUCUGUUUUACUCCCUUAGCACUUAUGUGGGUAGAAAGAAAGUAAAUUUGGGACCAUAAGUUGCAAUGCAGUAAAAUAUUGCUGGAAGAGGAGCCAGUCAGUGUUUCUAUGAGUUUGUGUUGUGAUGCAGUAAAAGAUAAGUGAUGCAGAAAGAAAUGAACUGUGGAAAUCCAAAACACUGGUGGUGAUUCCUCUGCAAAGACUAUGAAAUGAACCAGGAAGUCACACAGUCUCCACGUGCACAAUCUAAAUGUGUUUCUUAGGAGUGAUGCCAUUGAUCCUCUUAACUCUUGUUACUCGAUUAAUACUAAUACUUAUAAAUUUUCCUAAGGACCGAAACAGCCAAGAAAGGAAUUACUGCUAAAGCAUCUAAGGUUCUCCUAAACUAUGAGAUCAACAGGAAAUGGCCACUGGGAGAGAAGGAUAUGGUAUUGGUGUGGGGCUUUCUCCCUUGAGCUGCCUCUUCUUGCUUGCUAAUAGUAAGUUCUUCGUGCACCUUCCAGCCCUUCUGAGCCACUACUAUUCAAGCACAGAUUUGGCCCAACACAGCAACCCUUUCCUGGGAGGUUUAUAUGGUCCUGCAUUCUGUCCUGUGUGCACAAUGUGAAGUGUUUAGUGUGUAUUCAAGUCCGAAAAUAAUAUAUUUAAGGUAUAUAAGUGUGAAUCUCCUAUAUAAUGAUGGAAGAAGAGGUUCUUGUUUCUUAGAAAACUACCAUCUCUAAGGAACAAAGCCAAAACUUGGGCUGUCAUCUUUGAGCUGCUUACCAACAUACAGAUCAUUAUUAAAGAGAAAUGAAUUCUAUUUUGUUUUUCAUUCAUCCAACAUGAUCAUACCCUUAACCAGGUUGUAGCAUUGCCUUUGAGAAGGCAUUCACUCCUAGUUAAGAACUGGAAAUUUCCCAUCCUCUGAUUCCUUAAAGGAUGAAGAAUGUGCUAUAUAUACACUUAGCAGACUUGCCUCUUGUAUGCAAGGACUACUGAUUGAAGUCUAUUUUGCUGUGUGUGUGGUUAUGUUGUCUGCACUUUUAUGAAAUCACCAUGAUAAGCCUACAUUGGAAAUGAUUAUUCGUAAGGAAGUUUUUAUUUAAACACUGUCUAGAAAAAAGUGAAGCUGAGAACUCUUAUGUUAAUGUACAUUUAUAUUUUCUACUGAAUUCUGGGAGCCCCCUUUAAAGUCAUGUUGACUAAUUUUUUCCCUCAUUUAUAUUCAAAUUUCCAAAAUUUCACUCACAAGGGAAGAGAACCCAUUUGUCCUAAGGAUAGUCUUCAGAUUCUAAGAAAUAUAAAGUAGUAUGCACCUUAUCUGCCUGUUGUGGGUUCCUUAAACUUGCACUUCCCUCCCACUCACCCAAAAAUAGAUAUCCUUUAAAGAAAAUAAAGGCAGAGAAAACUGGGGAGCCACUUAGUAUGUCACCAUCACUGUUAACUGUUUCCCAGCAAUCCUAACUUUUUGAAGUUUCAGAGAUUUUUUUUGCGUGUAUGUAUGUGUCUGUUUGAUUGUGUCGGGUUUAUUUUUUUAUUUUAAAUAUACAAGAGAUUCCUCUUUAAUAGAGAAAAAAGUUAAUCCUCUCUGAAACAGGAUGCCCACUGGAUAUACCAACCUGGACAUCUGUAGGUAGUUUGCCAUGAAAAGUGGAGAGAAGAGACUUCUGAAUGAAUGAAAAGGGUGUCUUGAUGCCCAAGGAUUCCCCCCUAAGUACGGGUAAUUCAGCCUGCACAGUUUGCUUUUCACUCAUAGUUUUUAGCAAUUAUGAGUGAAAAAUCAUGUAAUUAUCUGUAAAUAUGUAGCUAACAAAUUGACCUAGUUUCUGUAUUUUUUUGUUUUUGUACUAAAGUUUAUAAGUCUGUGCCAGCUAGAGAGGAGUUGCUGUCAUUGCUAGUUGUGGUCCUAGCAUCUAAUCCUGAAACCAUCCUAGGUGACAUUUUUAGAAUUAAUGCUUACAUGUUGUUAAACAGAGGAAAAUGAAGCUUAAUUAUUGGUCAGGUUUUACAUCUUUUGAAGCAAAGUCAUUUUUUUUUUAAUGAUUACAUGUUUUCAAUCAUGAAUGAGGUAGGGAGCCUCCCUCCCCCAGUGGCCAUGUUUACAGAUGUGUGUUUUGUCUAUAAAGUGCAAGAGUUGUAAUGUUUAUGUAAAUUAUGCAGGUGAUAACCUUAUGGCUUGGAACUGUUUAUUGGGCUUUAGCUGAAUUUUCAAAUGAAAUGAACUAUGCUAAUUGCUGGCACACUGAUCCCAUUUCUGGAGCAUUUUUCCUAUUUCCAGAAUUACAUAUGUUCCUUUGUCAUUGUCCCCACUAAACCCUUCUCUGAAAUGCCUUGUAGCCUGAAGUUUGAAAGUCUGGUAAACACAGAUGAAGGAAAUGCAUUUUUAAAAAUCUGAGUCCUCGUUUUUGUGCAUUCAGUACUCCUAUGUUUCAGUGGCAGCUCUGAGGUCAGUGGAGUUUAGAAAUGAGAUACCACUGUUAAUGAAAAGUGUGUACUCUGCUUUUGCAUGGCUUGGCUUAGCUUCAAAGGUGUAUUAGGGCCACUUGAAAGCAUGAAGACCAGUAGAGUGGGAACAGGUUUCUCUCAGUGGCACAUUUUGCUUUUUCUGAGCCCUUAAAUACAUUGCCUCAGCAUGAACAUUAUUGUUAUUAUAAAUUGCACAUGGUCAUGGAGUGAAUUAUGUGAUUUAAAGAUGUAACUACUUAAUGUUUUCAGAUUCUGGCUGGUCCAUGUGACUAUUUGGCACAUAUCAAACAAACAGUGAGGGGUUGGGUGUCCUGGAACCCUUCUAACCCCCUUUUUGUCAUAGACAACUAUAUUUAGUUUAUUAAGAUGUUGGCUGCCCCUGGUGUGUUGCCAGAUAGCUCUUUUUUGGUACCCAUUCCAAAUGUGCUUCCUUGAAUUUUGUAAUAUCAAAGAAACUACCACCCCUUCUCCCCAACAACAUUUUAUGUGUUACACCUUUUAUUCCACAUUAAAUGGGAGUUGUGCCUACUUAGAGUGCCCCACCAAUUAGUUACAUAUAUGUGUUCUAUAUAAUCCAAGCCAGAGACACAAGGCGGAAAAAUCUUAAAAAAAAAAAAAAAAAAAAAAUCCACUUGAGGCCAGUAAUUUAUCUAACAAGAUACUUUACCACAAUAUCUUGACACUUGAUAUGAGCCUAAUAGGAGUUGCAGGUGGUUUCAUAGGGCAAAAUCCAAGUGGUGAGGAUAUGUGGGGUUUCUAUUAGAAGAUGAUUUUGUUCUUAUUUGACCUUUCCUUUUAUGAUCCUUCUCUGCUAGUUUGGAAUAGGUUAAUUCUCCAAAUUUAUUUAGUUUUGUUUUUUAUCUUUUAGAGAAAUUUUUACAAAAGCAAUGGUCUGAUGUAAAUAACAUUUUAAAGUAAUAGUGCACAUAACUUUCCCAGACUAUUCCAACCAGAUAAUUUGUAAAUGCUUUAGAGUUUUUUAAAUUAACACUUGUGUUGCUAAAUCCUAUUUAUGUAAGUCUGCUAAAAUUCUUAACCCAUUUAAAACUUAAAACAGACAUUUAAAUAAUGGAUGGGUUACUCUGAUCAAUCUAGCUUUCAGAAGCCCCUUGUUUCAGUAUAUGAAAAAGAUAACCUAAUGCGCAUUAAUGAGGUUGAAGAGACUUUGAGAAAUAUGUAUAGUGUAUAUUUUAAAACAGCUUUGCUUGUAUUGUGAAGAUUUAAAAACAAACUUGAGAUUUUUAACGUAACUAUUAACACAGUUUUAACAUAAGUUAUCCCACUGGGUUUAAGAGCAUCUUGAAUGUAUAAUCCUUUUUGUAACCCAGGUUGGUUUCUGCUUUCACCAGUCAUCCAAACAUAUUUAUGUUUUUAGUUUUAUAUACUCAUUUCCCUUUGUUUUCCUCAACCAGCAUGAUUUUUUUGCACAUGUAUUGUAGAAAUUUUUAAAAAGAAAAGUUAAUACAUCGUUUUCUCUGAAUUUUCUUCACUUCUCUCUUCCUUUCUACUAACUCCUUACCUUAAAGGCCAUAUCGCUCCAUUUGCAUUAUUUGUGCAAAUGCCAGGGUUGGUUUUUAUUUUUAUUUUUGCUAUUUACCUAAAAAAAAAAAAAAAGAAAAAGAAAAAAAGAAAAAUGCUUCAGUCAAUUGCUUUUUUAUUUAAAAAAGAAAAAAGAAAAGAAAAAAAGCUGUAACCUUAUCAUUUCUGAGUAGACCAUUGAGAGAUGAAUGCACACCUGUAAUAGCCCAAGACCAGCUUUGGUGGCUAAAGGGAAUAUUUUAACUAAGCAAGUUCUUUUCUAAAAGUGGUAUGUAUUAUUCACAAAUCUCUUUCAGUUAUUCCCAAAAGUCAGAGGUCCAGAUAAAAUGAGGGUUAUCAGCUAACUGAUAUGUUAUCAUUGAGGUUCAUCAAUGAAUUUGUACAUUUCUAGUUCCCUUUGGUGAAGGGAAAAAUGAUGAUUUUGCAAGACCUAGAUUUUGGCUUGGUUUCUUGCCUCCUUUUUUGGCAGCCUUCAUCUUCUCAUCUCCCAAAGCCCUUGAGCCUGUAGGGUUUUCAUGGUAGACAAAGGACUUGUGGUCUCUUAAAACGAGGACUGAUAUUUUGGUGAGAGAUUAUUGUGCUGAAAGUGAUGUUCUGCCACUUUUACUGAUGACUAACUUUAAAUAUACACAGUCCUCUCAAUUUUCGGACCAAACAGAUGCCCACAGUGGAGGCUUAUCAAGAGUUGCAAUUGGGAAGGAGCCUCUCCCUCACUGUCAGCACCGGCUGGUUAAGGUGACUGGACAGAUGUGCAUUUUCCUUUUGGUAGAAAUGGUCCGCAGCACUAACUGGUAAGGCUUAUUGUACAGUAUAUUGUCAGUAUUCUUCCGGUUCAACAUACCUUAUAGCUCAUAUAUAACCUGUAUUAAUUGUAUAGAUUGUGCAUUUAAAGCUGUUACCAAGUUGUCAGAACAUAAGAGCGAAAACAAGGUCAUAUGUAAUAUUUUGUUUGUAAGUAUCCUUUGUAUCAUAGCAAAGGAAAUGUUUAAAAAAAAUCAACUGUAAUAAAGUAAUUUUAGUACACAGAG